AUGGAGAGCGGGGCGGGGGACGAGCCGCCGACCCUGCGCCCGACGCUGGGCUCCUCCUGGGCGGCGGCCGGCGCAGGCCUGGCCCCCUGCCUCCAGCUGCACCGGGCCGGCCGCGGCGCCGCGGACGCGGACUGGGAGGAGCUGCUGGCGCCGCCUGCCCCGGGGCGCGGCGCGGCGGUGCUGACGCGGGGCCCGCGCGGGCCCGGGGCGGGGCCCUGCUGCCUGUUCCUGCGCUGCGACCCGCGGGCCGGCGCGGAGGUGGCGGCCCUGGGCGUGCUGAGCUCGGCCCGGAUCAUGGAGGUGUACGCGGGGGACGAGUACUGCGGCACCGGCAGGGGCGAGGCGGCCCGCGCCGGCCUGGAGAGCAGUAAACCCGAAAUUAUUUUCUACAAAAAAUAUUUAAAAUUGGAGUCCAUCAUUCAUGCUUGUAAAAUAAAGCUGCUCUCCUUUGGUGACAAGCAGUGUGUGUUCGUCAGUAAAGUCGUGGUCCACAUCAGGCCGGUCUCGGUAAAUCCCUCCCCAAGCUUUCCAGCUCUGGGGUCAAGGAUCGACCUCGAGAGAGUCCAAACCAUCAUGGAGUCCAUGGGCUCCAAGUUAUCCCCUGGAGCUCAGCAGCUGAUGCAUAUGGUUAGAUUUCAGCAGCAGAAUCGCUUGCCCAUCGGAGAGCAGCUCCAGUCGGUCUUGGGAAAUGCUGGGUGCAAGCACGUGAUCGAAGCCUCCCCUUCGGCCUUGGACACGUCCUCCUCCACGCCCUUCCCUUUUAGAACUGGACUGACCUCUGGAAGCUUGACUGAAGACUUCAAAGCUUGCCUUGGUGGAAGCACGCAGCCCCCUGGUGGAGGGCCCAGGGCGCCGGACCUUGGCGAGCGCACAGUUGUGCCACCGCGCCACUCUCUUCUUGAGAACGAUCUUCAGCAUGCCGUGUCUUCUCUCUUACCAAAGAAAGCAAGUGACGACUCAAAUGUGCCUAGCUCUGACCUGCUGCCUUUCCUCCAGAACUUGUGUAGUCAGGUUAACCAUCUGCGUGUGGGGCGUGACACCCCGUGGCAGGAAGCCCUCACCAAGCCCCGCGAGGGCGUUGCUGCUGUCCCAACAGAAGAGAAACCCCUGUGCUCCUACUUGGAAAAGAUUCUCUCUAAAAACAUGGAACUGAAACUGACGGGCUACAUAGAUCAGCGCCUGUGUCGGCUCCAGGAGCACCUGGAUAACAAGAUUGCUCUGCUGGUGGACUUGGUGCAGAACCCCGGCUCCCCCCUCUCUGAGCUGCCUCUCAGACAUGACUCUGGAGAAAGAUGAGCCCGCAGCAUGUGCAGUGUUCCCCAGGUAUUUAUUCCGUAUUUAUUACAAAGUGAAUACCCCGAAAGAAGCAGAAAGCAAGUAUUUAAUGUCAUUUGAAGAUCAUGUCUGACUCACACAGCGACCUCAGUGCUCACAGUGGCCGUCCUUGUCAAGGCGCCAGUCCUGUGCACGAAGAGCUGGAAUGCUAGGCUCCUCGAUUAUUUUGUUUGCGGUGUUUUUCAUUUUUAUCAAAAACUACUUAUACUUCGGUAUUUAAAAUGUUUAAGGAUUUAUAAUCCAAUUCUUUGCCUUGUAUUGAUUGUAUGUGUGUUUGACUUUGAAGUAUUAUUUUAAUUUAUGCAAAGACCUUGUCUCAUAGUUCUAGGGGUAUAAAAAAGCUUUGGUAUUUGAUACGUUUUCAUUUUCUAAUUGAUGGUUGGUGGAAAACUGGGUAUUAGACUUGCAACCUUUAAUUUCAGUCACCAACUUGUUUUAUAGUUUGGACAAAAAAGGAGAUGCAGUGCAUGGCACAUGUAAAAUUAGCUUACAUCUGGGCCAUCGACUUUACAUUCCCAGGGAUAGGAAAGUAAAAAUCGGAAUUGACCUAGUUCUUGUUAGGCUUUUUGCUUCAAAUUCAGUUUUGAUGUCAAACAAAGGCAUCUUGUUUUUUCUUAAUAAACCCAGAAACUUUUCUUUUCUGAACUAAUCCGGAUUCUUUCUAGAGCUUUUUCUGGUGUGUUUAAAGCGUGAGGGCCUGAGGCUCUGCGUUGCGGGACUAAGCACAUGAACCACGGAAGCUGCGAGUCGCUGGCCGACUUAAGUUUUCAGAAGUUACUACUGUUGUCUGUGUUGAAGGGCAGUACGUUUGCAUCUGAAAAAUAAAAGCAUCCGUUCUGGAUACAGUUUGUCUUAAGUAAACAGAAAUAUUUCUUCUCAUCUAAUACUCAAGAUGGAAGAGUGUGCACUACGCUCAUUUUAAUGAACUUAGUUCUCUGAGAUGCACGUUCAGUUCCAUGAUCAUGACCAUAGCGUGUGUGCACCCGAAUCACUCUGACCUCAGUGGCACGAGCCCCGUGUAUCCCAGCAACAGGCGCCCCGAUCUUCUGGCAAGCGGCCCAGAGGCAGCGCUGCAUUCAGCACCCCGGGGGGCAUACCCCUUCCCCUGCACUGUAGUCAGCGGUGACACCGCCCCUGCCAGUGCCUGUUUCACUCCCCGUUCACCUCGGCGCUGUUGUAACUGCAGCUCAGUUUAUAAAAUCAGUUUUAUUAACUAAUUAUAAUUUAUGCAGUCAUGACUGUAGUGUAAGAAAUAGUGAUGCGCUUUCAUUCCAGAUCUUCCAUUUCUUUUUUUUUUUAAUACUUAUGCAUACAAGAGCUGGGGUACAGGCCAGAGGUGUGGGAGGUGAGAGGAUUCACCAGAGAGAGUGGGGAGCAGAACUGGCGGAUCUACUAAAACACACUGCUGAGGGGAGCAGCAGGGAGACAGGAGAGGUCUGCUGUGCCAUGUGGGUAGCUCCCUGGCUGGGGAUGGAACUCAUGUCGCAGUGGCUGCCAACAGCUUCAUAGUGCUGCGUCUUAACCCCUUGCGCUACCUGGGAGGCCUCAGAUCCUCCAUUUCUUAAUCUUCCAAGGCCGAUGAAGGUCCAAAUUGCAUUUUUUUAUA